UGAGCAAAAGUCGAAUAAAACAAAACAAAACGUUCUGCGUUUGUAACAUUUUAUAACAUUUUAGAGUAUACAUCAAUCCUUUGUUGUGUUGAGUGGCUAAUGAAAAUUCGCAUGUUAUGAUAAACAUGGCUUGCCCCUUUGAGAAGCGAGAACUCAGUUGUAAAAUAUGCGAAGGCACAAAUGGGGCAAUGGAAUCAAUGUUUUGCGAUCCGAAUGAUGACAGGUUGUUGAAUAAAAUUUUCAAGUGCACUGAUGUGAAGGUUAAACCAGUUUAUGGAAUUAUUUCACCAAUAUGUGAAUUUUGUCGCAGUCGAAUCGAGCUAUUUGACGAUAAUUUUCAACCUCAGUGUAAGGAAUACGUAGUUGAAAAAGUGGAUACCAAAUCAGUAGCUCCUGAUGAUGAUCCUUUUAAUUGUUUGGAACCGAUUGAAAUUAAAAACGAUAAGACUUUAGAUUACUUGGAAAUCAAAGAAGAGCAUUCGAAAGAAGCAAACGUACGAGAAGUGAAAUUGCAAACAAUAUUUCGAACGGCAACCAUUGAAAUUAAAACGGAAUCAGAAUGGCCCCAAACUGAUUUUGAUAGUAAGUUUAAAAUUACGGAAAACAUUAACGAAAUUAAGGAGGAUCCAAAUGAAUUCCAAGAAAAUGAAGAAAGUAGCGCACAAAAUUCUUGUGAUGAUAACCAUGAUCAAGAUUCAGGAGCGACUGAAUCAGAAAUGUCAGAUCGUCCACGAAAAACGAAACGUGAGCAAAAUCCCAAAUCCGAUACCGCACAUGUGGCAUUUAGAAUACCUACCAAAUGUGAAAUCUGUGGAAAGGUGGUAACUUAUAUGAAAGAUCAUAUGAGGUUACACAGUGGGAACAAGAAGUUCAAGUGUCCGUAUUGUGAUCGGUCGUUUUUACAGAGUAACAAUUUGGUUUAUCACGUCAGAAAGCACACAGGAGAAAAACCAUUUCCAUGUGAUAAAUGUGAUAAAAGUUUCAUUUGUAAAUCUCAUCUACUCUCCCAUUCGCGGUUACAUGCGAACGAUCAGCCGUACGUUUGUGAGUUUUGCUCUAAACGCUUCAACCAGGCGUGCAAUUUAACGAAACAUCUGCGUAUUCACAGUGGUGAAAAACCAUACAAGUGUGAGGUCUGUAAUAAGGCUUUUAUGAAUCUCUCAAACAAAAAAGGUCACGAAAAGCGGCAUCGGGGCGAAAAAAAUUUCUCUUGCGAGGUUUGUUCGAAAAGUUUCUACGACAACCAUCAUCUGGAGCGGCACAUUUCCUCUCACACAAAUGAUAAGCAGUUUGAAUGUAAUUUCUGUCUGAAGAAAUUUAGCUCCGCUAGCAGUCUAAAGAAUCAUAAGUCGAAUCACAAACCACUCAUGGAAAAAAUAAACUGCAGUACAUGUGCAGAAGAAUUUACUAGUAUUAAGCAGCUGAAACGUCACAUGAAAAGCCAUCGUUCGGAUUCUGAAAGCCCACUGUUUCCGUGUCAUGUUUGUUUAAUGACGUUCACAAGCACUGCACAGUUGGAAAAACAUGACAAUGAACUACACUCGGGUAGUUUUCAAAAUUAUUCCAAGCAAAAUGAAGACCUUGUUAUAAAUACAGUGAGCGAAUCAACACAGAAUGUUGGAUCGGGCAAGUCGAAAACAUCUCAGCGUGCAACAAUAAUCGACCCCACCGCGGUUAAUAAACAAUUAGAAUCCGGCCUUACCAAGCCCUUCCGUUGUGAUGUCUGUUAUAAACAGUUCACUCGAGCACGCUCUCUGAAAGUUCACUGUCAGGUACACAUUAGUGGCAAUAAACUGUUCAAAUGUGAUAAAUGUUCCCGGUCCUUUACUCGCAAGGAGCAGUUGAUCAUUCACGAUCGGACGCAUACCGGGUCUAGACCAUUCGUUUGUGAAUUUUGUUCCGAACAAUUCAUUAAAGCGACCGAUCUCAAACGACAUCAAAUAGCGUCCCAUAAUGGUAGUUCGAUUCAGCGGAAAAAGAAACGCACCCCGGAACCGUUGGCUGGAACCAACGUCAUCACGCAGUUGAUCGAGCUACCGCCCGAAGUGCUACCCGAUUCGGAUCAGGUUCUGAUUAAGUUUGAAAUUAAGAAUGUAUAGUUAAUGAACGUGUUUACUCACAUUGUAUUUACAAAUAAAACAAGCAUUUAUUUUUUCAAUA